AUGGACUUGCAAGAGCUCGCGAGCAGCCUCUUAGGCUCCAGCUUUGUCUACGUGCUCGCUGGUCUCGUUGCAAUCUUCGUCUUCUUCGGGGAUAUCGCCGGAAUUGGCAAUCGUUACCGAAAGCUCCCAGGCGCUUCUGUGAUCGGCGCAAGAUGGUCAUUCGAACCGGCCUGGAUAAACCGAUAUCGAUUAACGCUAUCUGGAUGGGCGGUCGCGCAACGUGGCUGGGAAGCUGUGACGCCCCCUCUCACGUCCUUGGUGUCGAUUGUAGACGCUCAUGAUCAUCCACAGACACCCUCCGGCUUUUUCACGGUCAUCAGACCGGAAUCGAACGUGACUGUUAUACCCAGAAGAUAUGUGGACGAACUAUCGAAUAUUCCUUACCACCGACUGGCGGCGAGUGAGGCUAUCGUCAAUGACAUGAUGCGCCAAUACACACGAUCGGACAUCCUUUUGGGGGGCCAUCUCGGCCACCAUGCAGUGAAGAAUAAGCUAUCGCACCAGCUUAGCCAUCUUGUGGACGUUAUCGAGGAAGAACUUCUCAACGCAGCCAGCGAUGAUCCACUAGAAGUGACUGUGAAAGCCAUAUCUGAGACUACCAUCAUCAUGCGAAGCCUUCCUCGCUACACCCAUCCGCUUAUUUGCGCUGUCUUACCAUCACGGAGACGCCUGCUCAAGUGUAUGGAGGGCUUGCAUGGCUUCCUCGAGCCCCUCAUUGCCGAGCGCCAACAGCAAGAGAGCGCCCAAAAAUCCGCAUACGAAAGACCGAAUGAUGUGAUACAAUGGACGAUUGACCUUGCCAACGAAGAGGAAUCCGCACCAAGCAGCUUAGCUGACAGUUUCAUCAAGGAGAUAUCGCGACACUACCCUCCAAGUGCUCUUGCGUUUCGACGAAUCACCAAGGAAACCAUCGUAUUGUCCGACAGUCGAGCAAGCAGGCCUCGAAGUGUUAAGGUCUUGGAGUUACAAUUUCUUGACCCGGAGGCUACUGUCAUGCCGCGCAAGUCUGCGAAAUAA